AUGGCCCCCGGUUGCGACACGUCGGCGCUCACGCGACAUGACCGCGCACGAUCUUACACGACGCGAGAUUUUAGGUCGACGCUGAUAACGCGAGGCGACUGCUGCGUCUCAAACCUGCGGCUAUGCCCAGUCGAGCGUUCGCUUUUGAUACGUCGCGACGGGAGUCAGCCGACCGGGAAGCGAACCGGCCUCCCAUACGCGACAGACGCGGAGGCCACGCAAGUGCGCCGUAACACUAUACGGAAGCCGGUGCGUCAGCGACAUCGCUCACUUACCGCCCCGCAAUUUGCAUCGAUCCGUUCGAACGGAGUGUACAGAGAGCCGCCGCCUUAUCCAUUUAUACCGGCAGCCGGCACUCCUCGAGGUCUCUCGAGACCGAAUCUAAAUGAUACAAAUCCCGGUCGGCGUCGCGGCGCCCCUGUCGUCGAAGGCGCCCAUUACCCCGGUCCGUGGCGCAAGCAGCCGCGGCUGCACCUCGGUGGAUUUAGUUCAGCCCCGCUCGCCGCAACUUGGAAACUGACUGAGCAAUAUCUCGAAGAGCCGCCCGCCUCAAACUCGAUCGCUCAAAUUGAAUUGUAUAAUGUUUUGUUCAUUGAUUCCCGUCGGCGAGUUUCGGAGUGCGCCGCUGGUGGUUCUAUGCAGUUU